UGCUCUGCUUCUCUCGUCCCUUAGGGUUUCUGAUUUCUGGGGGGGGGUUUAUUUAGGGCUAUUGUAUACUCAGCAUUGCACGCCGCUCCCUUCGAUUUUAAAAACCUCGUUAAUCUCGAAUCUUGGCGUUUGGAAUUUCAAGUUUGUCGUUUCUUAUUCCCCCUUUGUUUUUAUUUGCUUAUUUUAAAGCCAAAUCGGCUCUCUUCUUUAAAAAAAAAAAUGUCCAUAGCUUCCCUGGGUCUCUGUUUUUGAGCUCUGUGACUAUAUUCGAUAUUUUAGUAUUUAGUAUUUUGUUUUGUGUUUGUUUCUUCCUGCACCCAUGUGUUCCGAAUGCUGUUACAAGCCACAUUUUCAAUAAAUCUCUUGUUUGUCUUUGAUUUUUGUAUCUGGGUGUUGGAGUUUGGUGUGCUUCAUUCAUUUUUUUUUCCUCGCGAUAAGAUAAAGUGUAUUUCGGCUUGAGAUCCAGUUGCUUUUCUUUAAUGACAGAUUUGGUGCAGCGUUGCGGCUCUUAUAGCUGAAUCAAUUCUGUUUACUGACAAAGCUCCGGUCUGAAGUUUGACUGACUUAAGCUCUCUAGAAUGGGGGAAACCGGGAGGCAUUCUGUUGAUGUUCCGAUCACGAGAACACUGGUCGCUCUCAGAAGGGUUAGGUCGUUGAGGGACCCGAGUACGAAUUCCAUGAGCAAGUUUGCUUCUUUGGUUGAUACCGACAAAUGGGAAACCGGUCUGAGCAAUGGUAUCUUGUUGCAGUUUGCGAGUAAUGACGAAGAAAGUGCUCGGGCAAGGGUAGAGGAGAAAGGGAAUGGUUGUGGUAUUGACAAGUUGAAAAAUUGGAUUGAAAAUGCGGGUUUUCCUUCCGAGGCCGGGCAGUUUUCGGGCGGGGAAGAAAGUGCUCGGGCAAGUAGAUCGCCUGGUGAGAGAUUUCACAAUGAUUUAACGAGUAAAGGUAGGGAACUGGUAUGUGUUAGUCCCGUCGAGGAUGUUGAUUCAUCUGCUAGUGUAAAUGCUUUUUCAUCACAUACCGAAACCCGAGAAGAUGUUUCAGAACGAAGAGAUCGAAACUGUUAUCGAGUCCCCUCUAUGAGUCACAGUUCCAUGGACGAAGACAUAAACAUGGUUGAUCAAUGUAGUCGCGGAUGCGGGAUGACGAAUUGUUGGUCAAGAACUCCUAGGUAUAGGGGAUCCAACCAUUCUUCUGAUGUAGAAGAUUGCCCGUUAUUAUCCGGAAACACAGAUGAAUCUCCGUUAUACAGAAACAAGCUCGGGAAACGUGGAAGCAAAGGAGUGAUUCCGUGUCUCGAACUGCCAAGAAGCCUGAGUCAGAAGUUCAGACCGAAAACGUUCGGUGAAUUGGUCGGGCAGGAGGUAGCGGUAAAAUGUCUCUUAAGCACCAUUUUCAGAGGUAGGAUUUCUGCGGUUUACCUCUUUCACGGUCCUCGGGGAACUGGUAAAACAUCUACUUCUCGGAUAUUCGCCGCCGCUUUGAACUGUAUUUCACCGACCAGUCAUAGUAGACCGUGUGGUUUGUGCAGAGAAUGUAAUUUGUUCAUCUCAGGAAGGAGCAGGGACAUGAAAGAAAUGGAUUCGGGUAAAUUAAAUCGGCCUGACUCGCUCAGAUCUCUCAUCAAAAGUGCGCAUCUUCCUCCCGUUUCGUCGAGAUUCAAGAUUUUCGUCAUCGACGAAUGUCAAAUGCUGUGUCAAGAAACAUGGGCGGCUCUUUUCAACAGUUUGGAGCGCUUCUCUCGGCACGUGAUCUUUAUACUCGUCACUUCGGAAUUAGAAAACUUGCCAUGGAACGUCGUCUCGCGGUCUCAGAAGUAUCAUUUCCCGAAAGUGAAAGACGGUGAUAUAUCGAACAAGCUGGCGAAGAUCUGUCUGGACGAGGGCAUUGAUUUCGAUCAGGGUGCGCUUGACUUCAUUGCUUCGAAAUCUGAUGGUUCUCUUAGAGAUGCCGAGAUUAUGCUCGAUCAGCUCAGCUUGCUCAGUAAAAGAAUCACGAUAUCCUCGGCUUACGAGCUUGUUGGAGUUGUUUCUGACGAAGAACUGCUCGAACUGCUUGAUCUUGCCUUGUCUUCCGACACUUCAAAUACCGUGAUAAGAGCGAGGGAGCUGAUGAGGUCGAAGAUUGAUCCGAUGCAGCUUAUUUCUCAGCUCGCUAGUCUCAUUAUGGACAUCAUCGCUGAAAAGUGCCGAGAAAGCAGUUCGGAAGCCAGACAUCGGUUUCUUACAAGGCAUUCAUCUGAAGAAGAAAUGCAGAAACUGAGUCAUGCACUGAAGAUCCUGUCUGAUGCUGAGAAGAAUCUGAAAGCAUCUAAAAACCAGACGACAUGGCUUACCGUCGCGCUUCUGCAGCUCAGCAAUUCGGAUUCUUCUUCCAUCACGAUGAACGAGUUCGGGCUCGGAUCGUGUUUAAGAAGCCAAAAAAACACCAACUUACGUAGCACAUCGUCGUCAGAAGAAGGUGAAAGCUCGAGGCAACUUGCUCGGUGUACGGAGAUUUAUAACGGUACGCUGGAAUCCGCGUGGAGACGGGUCACGGAGUUGUGCCGUUCUGAUUCGUUGAAGAGUUUUUUGUGGAAGCGAGGGAAGUUAACUUCACUUACCAUUGACAGAGGUAUGGCAAUUGCUGAACUGGAAUUCUACACCCCUCGACAUGUAUCACGAGUGGAAAGGUCGUGGAAAGCGAUUGCAGACUCGUUCCAAUCCGUAUUAGGACGCAACGUCGAGAUCUCUGUAAACCUCGUCGUAUCCGGGGGUUCUCUGCCUAAGAACGCGAAAGCCGGAAAUCUUCUCUUCAGGUUUUUCAGUUGCUCUCGCAGAAUAAUGCAGAAAUCCUCUCUGUCAACUAGAAGUGACUCCGAACAUUCCGAUUCUGCAUCCGAAAAGCUUACAGUUCCCGAUGCACGCACUUCCACGUUCUCGACGUGUUUUGAGGCCGAGAAAAUCGGGAAGACGGUGAAUGCCCUUAGAAGCAGCGAAGGGAACGUAUUAAGCUUCGGAAGAACGGAAUUUCGGGCUCCAAGUCAUCGCGAACGUUCAGCCGAGACUUCUUCUCGGAUGAAGGAGUGCAAUGGGAAAUAUCAUACUCACAUGGACGUUCAGGAAAUGCCACAGAGCGAACAUGGACAGCAAAGGGAGGAGGACUCUGAUGCGCUUUGUUGGAGGACUCCGCUGAGCAAGGGUGGAAGCCAAACACAUCAGAACCGGAGUUCAAGGCUGAUUGGUCGUGUCCUUCCCUGCACUUCCACUGGUUAAAUGUCGGUUAAAAGCUUUUCAUUUCAUUUUUUGUGAAACAUAUACCCUGUAACCCUGCAUUGUCCCAAGACAGAACAUGUACAGUACAACUGCCAGCAGGUUCAGUUAGCCUCCCAAGUGAUAUUAUUAAUGUAGUCUAAUAUUGGACA